UGGCGGCAGGAUUGAAAAGUUGACGGUGUUUUUGCUCUGGUUUUCAAGCACUGUAUUUCUGGAUAUGUUGGUUUUCUGACCUCCGUUAGGGACUGCACUGGUUGUUGAAGGGAAGUACUCUCGGGAAAGGAGGAUGAGACAACGGGAGAAGAUGACAGAUGCCUGUUAAGUAGCGCCCUGCUUGCGACCAGGGGGGUCCUGUUUCUGAGUGUUUUUGUGCAUUGGGGGAAAAGUGCCGCUGCUGGAUGGUAAAUGUUGUUGUGGCAGCAGUGAUGUCAUUAGGGUCUCCAAGAACUCUUCCACUACGGCAAUAAUGAAUACAAUGAUCUGCAGAUAGAAAUGGAGGAAGAUGGAAAGAAAGCAAAAAAGCCUGGUAUCGUGUCGCCGUUCAAGCGCGUCUUCCUGAAGGGAGAAAAAGGGAGGGACAAGAAGGCCCAGGAGAAAGUGACAGAGCGCAGGGCCCUGCACACCGUCCCGCUGUCCCUCCCAGACCACCGCGUCGACCCUGACAUACUGCUCAACGACUACAUUGAAAAGGAGGUCAAGUAUUUGGGGCAGCUCACAUCAGUACCAGGAUACCUGAAUCCAUCCAGUCGGACUGAAGUAUUGCAUUUAAUUGAUAAUGCAAGGAAAGCUCACCAGCUCCCUGGCCAGCUCACAGCAGAGCAGGACGCUGUGGUCAGCCUGUCUGCAUACAAUGUUAAACUGGUAUGGCGGGAUGGGGAGGAUAUCAUACUCAGGGUUCCCAUCCACGACAUCGCAGCUGUGUCCUAUAUCAGAGACGACUCCCUGCAUCUGGUAGUGCUAAAGACAGCUCAGGAACCCGGAAGCUCACCCUGUUCCAGUACAUGUCCUGAGGUUUCCAAAUCUCAAACGCUGGGAUCCUUGUCAGAGAGUGGUGCUGUGCUGGUUGAAGUCUGUUGUCUGCUUGUCCUGGCUGCAGAGAAUAAGGCAGCAGCUGAGGAACUCUGCUUACUUCUCAGCCAAGUCUUCCAGAUUGUUUACACAGAAUCAACUAUAGACUUUUUAGACAGAGCAAUAUUCGACGGGGCCUCUACGCCUACAAGACAUCUCUCUUUGUACAGUGAUGAUUCCUCUAGUAAAGUCGAUGUUAAAGAGGCCUUUGAAACAGAAGCAAGUACAUUCUCCUUCCAGGGCUCCCUAGAUACAGGGGGGAAUUCACCCUCAUCCUCAUCCACCCCAGCCUCCCCCCAACCAAAGACAGUUAGCGAGAGUGAGCUGAGCACCACUGCUGCCGAGCUGCUGCAGGACUACAUGAUGACGCUGCGGACAAAGCUGUCAUCCCAAGAGAUCCAACAGUUUGCCAUGCUGCUCCAUGAGUACAGGAAUGGGUCCUCCAUCCAUGAGUUCUGUAUCAACCUACGCCAGCUUUAUGGAGACAGCAGGAAGUUCCUCUUGUUAGGACUCAGGCCAUUUAUCCCAGAGAAGGACAGCCAACAUUUUGAAAAUUUCUUGGAGACAAUUGGGGUGAAGGAUGGCAGGGGCAUCAUCACUGACAGUUUUGGGAGGUACCGACGGACAAUGAGCACAGCCUCCAACUCCACUACCAAUGGCAAUGGUGCAGCUGGUGGCUCCGAUGACCAUUUAGUGCCCUCUGAAGGCGAUGAGUGGGACCGCAUGAUAUCAGACAUCAGCAAUGACAUUGAGGCACUGGGCUGCAGCAUGGACCAAGACUCCUCCUGAGGAAGGGAGCUGGGGUGGGGGGCGGUGAGGGUCAUGGGUAUGGAUGGAUAUGGAUUUUGUGUAUGGAUACCAUUUGGUCUUCAUUGUACCACCAUUUUGCACUGCCUUCUUUUCUGUAACUCCUUGUUGCAGUUUACUCCUGUAAUGGUCAGAUAGGUGGCUUCUGCUUCCACAGUUUUAUAUGGAUGAGCAAGCUUUCCACUAUGAGCUGUAUACACAGCUUCCAAAAAAUGUAGUAAAUCAUGACCUAGAUGUCCCUGACUGAGCCCAUGUAUAGUAGUAGUAGAAAACAAAAGUAGCAGCAAAACUAGAUUUCUAUCUUCUUGUGUUAUAUGUAGACUGAAGUCAUAUUUUCCUCUUAUGGUUUUUGACAUGUCUGAACCCCUCAUACGUUUUAAUCAUGUUAAUCAUACUUUAUUCAGUUAAUCUGUAGUGUAGUUUCUUAACAUUUCUAGUCUUCUGUUAUUGUUAGCAUUAAAGUCAUCACACUUAACGCUGUAUCUUAUACCUAAAUUCUGGUAUCCAUUGUAAAACAGAGACAAGUUACGACAUUACCCUGCACAGUAUUUUUUGAAUACACUUCAAACAGUACUUAUUCAAUGCUUUGAUAUCUCAGAGUUAAUAAAAGCAACCCUUUUUCUUCACUACCUAGGACACCACCCUAACAUUUAAUCUUUAAAAACAUUCUUUGUGAAUUCGCAUUAGUUGGUGCAUGUCAUUUAAAGAAGGCUCCUGUCCAUAGUUUUAAAAGAAAAAUACACUUUACACAAGACCAAUCAGUGGUUGAUAAAAUAACAUUGUUAUUAUGAUAUUAAGCUUAUUCAGCAUUUCCAAGUCUUAAAUGACUGGAAAAAUUAUGAGUGUAAAAUAAGUUUUAACAAACCACCUUUACCGAGCAGUCUGUGCACACAGACAGAACCAUUUUAAGACAGUUUUGCUUUUUCUAAAACACUCUUCUUUGAACUAGAACAUGCAAUAUUUGAAUAAUUUUAAAUAUUAUUCAAGAGUGAAUGAAUAUAGCGCAUUCAUGUGUUAACUGUUUAAGCUGCCUUGACCAUUGUUUUCCCGUUGCUCAACAGUGUUUCAGAACAUUGGGAAAAAAUACAGUAUGAAGCAGGAUUAUUUGCAUCUGCAAAACUAGUCAGAUAAUAGUUUAUUUUUAUCUAAUUGUUUUUACCAUAACAGGGUGCCUAACCCUGUUAAACAGCUUGUCUCAGGGGUUAUGAAUAACAGUUUCUUUUGGUGGUAGGAAGUUUGGAUUUGCUUGCCAAGAAUUGAAACCAUUUCUCACUUCUUGCUUUUUUUGUUCAAUUUUAGCUCAGCUUCAGUUUUUGCCUUUCCAACUUCUUCAUGGCAAAGAGAAAGUAACUUGGCACUCGAACAAAAGUGAUACUAUUUAAAGUGAUUUAAAAACAAACCUGAUUUAAUGUACUCCAUGCUGAUCUGUUCUUGUCACUGGAAAUUUACGCAUCAUGAAAAGUUUUGAUUUUAACAACCUGCAUUAAUAGGAUGAAAAUAGGGCUCUCAUUGCUUAACAGUUGAAUUUCCCUUACAAGACUUACAAGCUAUGGAGUCUCAUACAAUAAGAAAACACCAGCGUCUUGAUGUUUUGAGCAUGCUACCUUAUUUUGAAUACAUUUCCAUUGGCAUAUUUAGAAUUUCAAAAAAACAAUUUGCUUUACUAAUUCAGUGAAGCUUGUAAGCAAUCUGUGGGUUGUACAACCUAAUUUAUCUACCUAUUACACAAAGCGAGUCUUAUUUCUGUCCCUUAAGUUGUGGAGUGUUGCAGUUAUGUGUUAAGAUACAAUGAGAAGGCAUUGAUUUUCAAAAAGGAAAGCAGAUGAUACAGAUGAUUUUUUUAUCUUCAGUAUCUGUGCUGAAGAAGUGUAUUUUUUGACCAUCUGUGAUCUGUAGCUUUUAAAAAGGAAAUUAUUUUUUGUUUUCUUACAAAUUGCUUCUUUAUAAACAAUUUUCAGUAUUUAGUGCUGAGUACAUGCAUUGCCACAGGGAGCUGGAUUUAGGGUCCUAAAACUGUAUAUCAUCAUUAGAGAUGUAUGUGAACGGUACAGCAUGACAAAUGGGCCAGGAAAUACGUAGGCCAUUUCACUUUUUCCAUUUUGCUCUCUUUAAAUUGUGGAAUUCUGAGAUUCAAGACUUAAGAUUUUUGUGGUGCCUUUAAUGCUGGUGACCCUGCUUUUUCAUCUGAUCAUCAUGAGAGGUGCCGCAAGUAUCCAUUUUUGUGUCUGAGCAUACAGUGGCUGUGAAUUCUUAAAGGCCCAUGUGUUUGAUUGCACUGUGAAUUAAUGUCUUUAUAAAAAUGUUUUGAUAAAAAAAUGUUUUGAGGCAGUGUAAAAAAAAUUGAUUUAAUGUUUGUCUGACAGUUCAGCUAAAUGUAAUUUGUUGAGCUAAACGUGCUGGUUGUUUGCCCAUUUCUGGUCAUUUGCAGUUGCAGAUGUAGUUAUUGGCACUCUUCAUUUGAUAGUGUUAUUUUUAAAACUUAAUAACAGUGUUAUAAACACAUAUGAAGUUGCUGGUGUUAAGUUUUUUAAAUCCUGUCUGAACUUAAAUUGACUCAAGAUUUACUGCUAAAAUGAAUGAUUAAACUUUGUACAGAUAUUAAGUAAUCUCUGUAAAUAUAUCAAGGAUAAAUAUGCAUUGUGUAACAAAGUAUAUUAAGAUAAAAGAAAUAUGAAAUAAGACUUUCAAAUUAAGGACAUGCCAGUAAUUUUCCUUUCGACUGUAUGGUUAAGUCGUCAUUGUUAAAAAUGACUGAUGGACUUACUUGUCUCAAGAAAUUGAUUCUUCAGUUCUUAUAUUUCCUAAACCUAAGGGGUUAUUUUUAAUGUUUACCUUCCCUCAGUGAAAAAUUAGAUGCUGUGUUUACAGUAUCUGCAUUACAACAUAUAAAAGGGAAAUGUAAUUAUCCCAAACCUGUGCUGUUUGCAAAUACUUCUUGUUUUCAUUUUAGAGUUCCCUUUCUUCUUUCUUUCUUUCUUUAAACCCUAAUAAAUUCAACGUCACCAUAAAGAAAAAAAAAACAUAAUUUUAAACCCAAGCUCACAUGCAUUAAUUAUGUUAAGGGAUAUUUUCCCUCAUGAUUUUUUAUAACGUAUCAUUCUUAAGUAGCAUUUUGGUUUCAGCAAGAAAUCAAGAAUGCAGCUAUGAAACUUUUCUAUCUUUUAAGCAGAUAUAAGAAAGCUAGCUAAUGUUUUUAAUUCUCUGUGUUUGAAGUCAGAAUACCCAUCUGCAAGCUGAUCUCAAUUGGUGUUAUUGAUCAUGGCUGAAAGGAAAGGAAAAUCUUAAGAAUUUGUCAUUUAAAUUGUAAAGAAUAACGCUGGCAUCUACAUGGCUACACUUGGUACAAAAAGGAAAUAUAAAAUAACUGCUGGAUUCUUUCACUUCUGAUUACAGGAUCUUUAGUUUCAUAGUGUGAGCUUACAAACUCUGUUUCUCAUCAUCUUUCCCUCUAUGGGUUUUUUACUUAUACAGUCUUGUAUAAGACUCCAGAAUUUACCAAAAACCACUGUGAAGUUUCAAAGGUUUUAAUAGAUGGCUGCUAUUCCAAAUUAUGACUGUGACAUUUUUUUUCUUUUAAUGGGACUAUAACAUGGUCCUGAUUUUUGACCAUGUAGCUAAAAAGGUGGUGUUGAUGUCUGUGUAACCUUGAAGCAUUUCCGCUACCAGCCUUGAAAGAAUGAAUCGUUAACUGUAUAGGUAGCUGUAUAAUAAGCUCCAUACUGUACUUGAGAAUUGAUUCAGAAUAGUUUUACUGGGGUGCUCUAAAUAUUAACUUUAUAAAUAUAAGCCACUUAUAUCUUUCAUCAUACCUUACAAAUUUUCAAAGGUCAGAUGACCAGGGAUAGAUAGCAAUCACUGCAUACAUAAUGUUUUCAUAGUUUGUUUACAUAAUCUAUUGCACUCUGACAUGCAUCUGCAAUCCAAGCUGUCAGAUUUAGAUCUAAAUGGAAUUUUACAGCUGUGCAAAUUAUACUCACUCCAAAAGUCUCUCAGCAUGUCUUCAGAUGUAUUAAUAUUAAUGUAAUAGAGAAGUAUUAAUGUUACAUCAUUUUCAAAUCAACCUUACUAAGUACAAAGGUUCAGGGUUCUUCUUUUAUGUGCUGCAGUAGCAAUUGGUCUAGAUUUGAUUUUGUUUUUAUGAGCAUUAUUGUACCUGCCAUAUGAAUGAUCUGUUUUUUGUUUGGAAAAGACACAAUUGCAAAACAAACACCAGAUCAGACGUUAAUGUUGUGUUAUCGCUUAUUAGUUCAUACCAAUGUGUCUAACAUAGGCAGUACUGACACACCUUGGAGCCUUUAUUUUGCAGUAGGUGGCAUUUUGUUUCUGCCGACAUGCUCUCUGAGGAGUUUUGAAGUCUUGUUUGUAUAGCUGAAAAUCUGAAAAGGAAAUUGAGUUACACAAAGCAGAAAGCAAAGACUCAUUUUGGAUUACAUGAACAAGCUAUGACACUUUUUAAAAAAAGUAAAUCAGGACAUUUGAUUGUCCUACUGUGUUUCCCAAUGGAAAUAAUAAAUUGGAGUAUCUUAAUCAAUGUAUCAUUUGAAUAAGAUGGAAAGAGAGAGCAAUAAGCUUUACAAUCCUGAAGACAGGUUGGUUUGUAUCUUAUUUUUUGUGUGCAUUUGUUUUGGGGUGAAUAAUCAAAUUAUGAGCAUCCUGCAAAUGCUUCAUGUAGAGAAACAAGUGUAAGGGUUGGAGUUAAUGGUCCAUGAUUUCAUUAAUAUGUAAUUUUGCAAUAGAGAUUUCCUUUGCCAUUCAACAGAAAAGGAAUUCCCAGAAGAAACUUAGUGGUUUGGGAAUUUUUGGUGUUCUUGUUAUUCCUUUUGGUUGGUUUCCAGCCUUUCCAAGUGCUGAAUUCCUUUUCAAUUCCCACACCUGUUUUCAACCACCACAUGGUAUUGGCUGUUUUUUAUACUCCAAUAACUAUGGAAAUUUGAUAUAAUAAAAACAAUUCUACAGAGAUAGAUCUCUAUGGAGAUCUACACUCCAUAAAUAUUCAGAAUAUACUGUACAGUGUACACCUUAAAUUCAAUGCUGUCUUCAUUAAUUACAUCAAAUAUAUUUGUGAAGCAGAACAUGUUUUUAAACAUGUAUUGAGUAACUAAAUGAGAAGGCUGGUGCUUUUUCCCCGUAUUCAAAGGUGGGAUGUUGGAUUGGAGUAAUGACAGUUUGGCCUUAAAUCCAACUCCACACCACAUUUAACUUUUCCACAUACUCCCAGUAGUAGUUUUGUGCACUACAGGUUGGAAACAUGUUCAAACGGACCUUCAUUACAGUUUCUUAUGUAAUCCUUGCCAAUUGGCACAUUAUUUUUUCAGCGUUUUAGUGUUAUCAUUUUUUCCCCAGUGUUUUAGAUAAUUUCUUUACACAGCAUGAAAAAUGCCUGAAGUGUUCUAUAACCCUCACAAGGAUAAGCAAUUUUCUGACGAUAGAUGGGUGUUCUUUGGUAUGCUUUGCUUUGUAUCUGAGAAUGUUUGCUUUUUUCAUGGUGUCAGGGUUACCUUUGAGUGCCUUUGAUAAUUGUUUCUUUGCUUGCUUGUGCUUGAGUGUUGUUUCUUUAUACCACCAGCUUCUAAGGUUGUCUUUGUAUGGCUUUCCCUGCUGAUUUUGGUGCAACAGAACAGUUAGGUCAUGCUGGUUUGUUAAAUCUCCACUGUUCAAUGUAGGCUGUUUUCAUGAGACUUUAUUGGUAGGCAAGUGUUUUCCUAUUUGGAGCUACUUGCCAUAGAAUAACAGGGAUAGAAGUUAUGUGUAUGAAUCUGAAGAAAAUGUCCUGUUUUUUUUUCUUUGCUGUCAAAGAGGAGGGUCACCUUGAGUGCCUGUGUGAUGUGAAAAUGAAGACCAUUGCAUGCGUGUGUGCUCCGAUUUCUGUAAAAGUGAAGGACUUUACUUUUUUCCUGCAUUCCAGUUCAAGCAAUAAUAAAUAAGGAAGGAACAGAGUGCAAACCUGAGUAGAGAAUUUUUUUUGUUCCUUUAGCAUUUCUAUUUAUUUGCACAUGGUUCUCAUGUGUUAGUGCUCUAACAUUAAUCCCUUGUUUUCACAAGGAGCAACAUCUGCAAAAGUGGUUGAAACUUUCUGCUCUUAGCAAUUACACCUAACUAUUGUGCCAUCAUGUGCCCACCCUCUUCUCAGUAUCGUUUGUUAGAAGACAUCGACUUGUAGCAGGCUUGGAGAGGCCUUACAUACAACUUUCACUUAAUUUUAUAUUUGCGGAUUUAUAUAUGGCUGUAUAUAAUGAAAUGUCAUUUCAGUUGUAUGCUUUAUUUGUAUCUUUCAGCUUUGUGUAUAGUUUUUUUUUAAAUAGAUAAAAAUGUUACAAUACUCA